AUGGGCGCCGCGGCCCGCAGCCUGCGGCUCGCGCUCGGCCUCCUGCUGCUGGCGACGCUGCCGCGCCCGGCCGACGCCUGCAGCUGCUCCCCGGUGCACCCGCAACAGGCAUUUUGCAAUGCAGACGUAGUGAUCAGGGCCAAAGCAGUCAGCGAGAAGGAGGUGGACUCCGGGAACGAUAUCUACGGCAACCCCAUCAAGAGGAUUCAGUAUGAGAUCAAGCAGAUCAAGAUGUUCAAAGGACCUGACAAGGACAUAGAGUUUAUCUACACCGCCCCCUCCUCGGCAGUGUGCGGAGUGUCGCUGGAUGUUGGAGGAAAGAAGGAAUAUCUCAUUGCAGGAAAGGCUGAGGGGAACGGCAAGAUGCAUAUCACCCUCUGUGACUUCAUUGUACCCUGGGACACGCUGAGCACCACCCAGAAGAAGAGUCUGAACCACAGGUACCAGAUGGGCUGUGAGUGCAAGAUCACGCGCUGCCCCAUGAUCCCGUGCUACGUCUCCUCCCCGGACGAGUGCCUCUGGAUGGACUGGGUCACAGAGAAGAACAUCAACGGGCACCAGGCCAAGUUUUUCGCCUGUAUCAAGAGAAGUGAUGGCUCCUGUGCGUGGUACCGCGGGGCGGCGCCCCCCAAGCAGGAGUUUCUUGACAUUGAGGACCCUUAAGCAGGCCAGCGGGGCCCCUGUGGCUGACUGAAAGCCUCCCAGGGUUUAGACUGGUCCAGUUCUGACAUCCCUUCCUGGAAACAGCAUGAAUAAAACAAUCACCCAAGUGGGUCCACAUUUGUGUGAUUCUGCCCCCACCCCCAUUCUCCCUAUACAUGGUAGUGGGUCUGGACGGACAGGCGGGACAGGGUCCCUGCUAUCCUCCUCCCUCUGCCAGUGUGGGCACCAUGUGUCUCAGUCUUUGAUCCUUGGGUACAGACAAGGGUGGGACGCAGAUUUCCUUGGCACUGUCAUAGACACCACAGGCAGCACGUAGGGGUCCUGGCCCUGUCAGGGCAAAGCCUGGAAAUGUGCAUUUUGCAGAAACACUUGAAGGUUGUUGCAAGACUGUGUAGCCGGCCUACCGAGUCCUUUCCUCCUGAGAGGGGCAUGUCCCUCGUUCUCUGCAGCAGUGCCCUUCUGUCCUAGGGAAGCAGUCCCUGGCCAUUGUAAGUGCCCCCAUCUCCCUUGGGUCUGCUACGGGCUCCCAGCACCUUCUUGUCCAAGAGAAGCCCUAGGACCAGUGGCUCAUGUGUGGAGGAGCCCCACUCAACCCCCUGAGUCUGCAGAGUUCCAGCAAAGCCUCCGAUGGGCACAUGGGCAUGUGGAGUCCUUGCUGAGCCACGUUUCAGUUCCAGCCAAAUCAUCUUCCCCACCCUUUCCUCAGCCCCUAGUGGGGAUCUGUGAGGUCCCCUGAUGGGGGCAGGAAUCUGAAAGGAUGGGCGCCCAGCUGGCCUCCUAGUUUAGUCCUGAGCUGCUCAAGCUGACCUUGCCCCCUUUCUGACUGGCAUCAGGUGCCUGGCUUGAACCACACAGCUCCGCUUUCUGUGUGCAGUGUGUGCAGUCUCAAGGGGGCUGGCCGCCUUUCCUGUUUGCACAAGCGAAGAUGUAAAACGCUGGUCUUGCAGUGCUCCUGCAGUGAAAUCUCCUUAUGAGACAGACAGUGAUGACUCCCGUGGAUCUCUGUACGUGUCAGUAGCUAAACACAUCAAGUCCCACCUGGGGAAGGAAGACUCCUGAGAGGCAGGCAGCUUGCAGGGUGCUCUCCCUUCUUUCCGGGUCCCCCGGGACACUGUGGCCUGUUUUAAGAGACAUCACAUUUCCCUAAAGAUGAAUUCUCAGAUAAUACGGGAAGCUGAGGUGCAGGUGUGCUAAGCGUUACUUCUGUUUCUUAUAGUCACAAAGACUGCCCACCCUUCGCAAGGAACAAGAGAGAACAGAAUCUCUGUGGUUUCCAAAAGCAGUUUUAUCAUGCUAAGAUGAUGGGGGUUAAGACAGGCAGAUGAUCUCUUUUUCUUAAAGAGCUGUCCCAAGGACACGCAUGUACAUUACAAAUGUGCACGCACGAGCACACACACACACACACACACACACACACACACACACACACAGUGAAACAAUUCUAACAGCUUGUGGGUGAUCCAUUUGAAAACUGCUUCCAAAGACCCCCUUUCUGUAAGCCUGUCCUAUCUGAAAGUGACCCCAAAGCAACUGUUAAGACUCCUGGUCCCCCUGGGACCUGGUCAGCUCUGAACUUGAUGACGUCCCUCUCUAGAACAGACUGGGAAAGAAUCCAGGAGUCAGCCUUGCCCCGCCCAGGGCGCCUCAUGCUGUACAGUGAUGUGGACUUGCUAGGACGCUGUCACGGACCAGCCCAUGUGAUGCCAGUAUACGCACCAGACCCACCAGUCACCAUAGCAACCCUGCCCGUUCGCUUCUCCUAUGGUGGUAUCAUAUGUAACAUUGCUCCUGUCUCUACUGGUUUAGGAAAGGUUUUUGGUUUUUGACUUCCGCUGUAAACAUUCCUGUGCUUUUUUUUUUUUUUUAAUACCUUUGGUAGGUGUUAGACUUGCACUUUUAAAACAAAAGAAGAAGAAAGUUGUGCAUUGAGGAAGCAUUUGACCCAGAGUGCUAGGCAUGGCCUGGUCAUUGGCCUGGGACCAGGGAACCCCUCUAAAGAUCCUUCCUUCCAUUCUCUGAGUAUCUUGACUUUUCUAGCCUCUCAUCCUCUUUGCUCUGGUUCAAAUUAUCACAGAGGACAGUAUCCCUGAGAAGAUUGGCUCUAGAUGGCCUUAUAUUUGAUCUAUACAUGUUGGCUUUUUAAUCAUGUUGAGCAGAGGAAGAAAAAAAAAAGCAAAAAGCAUAUCACAAUGAAGUUCCAGGUGACAUUUGAGUGACAGCCACUUAGAAACCUUCACAGCAAAUUACUUGCCAUAUAUAUAUAUAUAUAUAUAUAUAUAUAUAUAUAUAUAUAUAUAUGCAUAUACAUAUAUAAAUUAGUUUAAGAAAGAUCUCCACUUGGCAUUAAUUUAUGUUAUAUUUCUAUGCACUGCUCUUUUCUCCUAUCGUCAUCAUGCAAGCAACUCAAAAUAUUUAAAAUGAAGUUUACAUUGUAGUUGUUCCAAACCUUUGCUUGAUAAGUAUUAAGAAAUAUCUGUGAGCUCGCUGCCAUAAUUUAAAGCUUUGUUGAUCUUGUUUGUUUUUGUUUGGACUCUUUCUGUUGUUGGGGGGAGCGAUGUGUUCAUGCUGGCAUAUGAAGUCUGAAACCCCCCCCCCACCUCGUGCUGGGAACACGCGAGAGCUGUUGAAAGUCAACAAGUGAACUGCGCAUGUCUCCGAUGCUUUGUAUCAUUUUUGUUUUUUGAGUGAUCGCUCUGUCAAUGGACAAUAAACCAUAUUAUCAAAGAGAA